UGGAGGAGCAGCGCUGAGGGGCGUCCUCGCAGCAGCAGCAGCAGGAGGACAACAACCUGUUCAGCAACUUCUCCCUAGUUUCACUGCGCUCCUCUGCACAUCUAAAUAACAAACUCCAGCUCCAUUUUAAAAAGUUUGUUCUUUCCUCUGAGGGUGGCGGACAUCAUCAUCAUCAUCAUCAUCGCCUCCUGAGCGAGAAGGUUUUUGUGCUGAUCAUGUCUGGAUCGUACUGCAAAAGUUUGUACCCGUUCAGCGGGGAGCAGCACCAGCAGGGACUGAGCUUCGAGGCCGGGGACAUUAUUAAGGUGGUCCAGGCUCUGCCCGGAGGCUGGUGGGAGGGAGAGAAGGAUGGAGCCAGGGGUUGGUUCCCCUCCAGUUAUGUCCAGGUCCUGGAGAGGACAGCAUCUCUGAGUCAGAUUCCUGUCGAGGAUCUCAAAGAUCCCCUGCCUCCUCACUGGAAAUGCUAUAUGUCUCCACAAGGGCGGCGAUACUACGUCAACACCACAAACAACGAGACGACAUGGGAGAGACCGUCGAGCGCACCGGGGACCCCAAAGACCUCCUUCCGACACAAGAACUCCCUGCCAGCAGUGAAUGGAUUUCACUCAGGUGGUAGUCCCUUGCAUCAUGUGGAACAUUCGCACAACAGUCUGGUUAGGAAGAGCAGUACAGAGCCCCAGUGCCCAGGAUCGACGUCGCCCACGAGGAAGCAGAACAAGGAGACCACGGUCACGAUUAACUGUGUGACGUUCCCAUCACCGGCCUGCAUGCCUGAGCAACAGCUACUCAAACCAAAUGAGUGGAGCUACUGUGACUACUUUUGGGCUGAUAAGAAGGAUACCCAGGGCAACGGCUGCAUCACAGGAUUUGAGGUUUUGCUGCAGAAACAGCUGAAGGGGAAACAGAUGCAGAAAGAGAUGGCCGAGUUCAUACGAGAAAGGAUAAAGAUAGAAGAGGAGUACGCCAAGAAUCUCUCCAAGCUUUCCCAGAUCCCGCUAGCGGGCCAGGAAGAAGGCACUCUGGGGGAGGCUUGGGCCCAGCUGAAGAAGAGCCUGGCAGAUGAAGCUGAAGUUCACCUAAAGUUCUCCUCAAAGCUCCAGAGUGAGGUGGAGAAGCCUUUGCUGACCUUCAGGGAGAACUUCAAGAAGGACAUGAAGCGCUUCGACCACCACAUCGCCGACCUGCGGAAGCAGCUGGUUGGUCGUUAUGCAGCUGUGGAGAAGGCUCGUAAAGCUCUGGCUGACCGACAGAAAGAGCUGGAGCUAAAGACUCAGCAGCUGGAGAUCAAACUCAGCAACAAGAUUGAAGAGGACAUCAAAAAGGCCCGCAGGAAAUCCACACAAGCAGGUGAUGAUCUGAUGCGCUGUGUCGACCUUUAUAAUCAGUCACAGUCCAAAUGGUUUGAGGAGAUGGUCACCACAAGCCUGGAGCUGGAACGACUGGAGGUUGAGCGGGUGGAGAUGAUCAGACAGCAUCUUUGCCAGUACACCACCCUUCGACACGAGACCGACAUGUUCAACCAAAGUACCAUGGAGCCGGUGGAUCAGCUCCUGCAGUGUGUGGACCCGACCAAAGACAGAGAAAUGUGGGUACGGGAGAAUAAAACUGGAGAAAUCCGGCCAGUGGACGUAGAGAUCUGAUGUUGACGCUGUCUGGAUGAACUCACACCCAGACACAGCAAGCCAGCGAUUGGAAAAUGACGUUUGUGCUGGGAUCAUCCCCCUCCCGCACACGCACACACUGAUCUGUAUGUGAUUCCUAACAGACUGAGGGAUGAGCAGUUCGAGCUCAGCCAUUCUCUGCGUCCUGGCAGCCGCCUGCUGAGGAUGAGGCCAGUGUCUGGGGGAGUUUUUGUGAGGGAGGAUGUGACUGGUCAUAGUUUUGUGUCACACGAGCUGUUGCUUGGCACAGGAAAAUGGAAGUUUGUGUGUAUACUCUUUGCUAAAGGACGCUCAGGUGAGGCGAAUGAUCGAGGAGCACCGAUGGCGAACGUGUAAAUGCUGAAUAGCUUUAUGUCAGGCAGAAGUGUAAUGCUAAUACUCCAGAACUGCAGUGAUUUAACAGAUGCUGCUAAGAAAACUGCAUUCAGGCUCUUACUGUGUACCAGAAUAAGAAUGAAGUACUUUAAUGUCUACAGCGUGCACAUGUUGACCUUUGCUAAGCUCUGCCCUUCAGCUACUGUUACUACACCUCAUUUUAAUUAACAAAAUGCAGCUGAUUAUAAGUGUGGCAGACUUCCUGUUUGAAAUUUAAAGAUGAUAUUUUUCUCUAAUAGUGGGUCUUAAGUUUCACCCUAAAGCUUCUUUUCUUUGACUUCAUCCACAUUCUGCAGAAAAUCAAUCCGCCAGAAUCAGCUGAUUAUUUUUGUACAAUAACUAAUAAUAACCAGGCAACGUUUUACUUCAUGCCAACAAUUUAACUAAGUAAUAUGAAUCCUAUAAAAGAUCCAAACACAAUUAAUGCCUGUAGAUGCUAACUGAUCAUCACACUUGGGGAAAAGCCUGCGGUCAGCUGCAGAGCACUAAAAUCCCAAAUCUGGCAACACUUUUCCUACUUUUUUAUUUCUAAUAAGACUCUAAAAUCAGCCAGUUGCACUUUAUAUCCAAAUGAUUUUUUAAUAAAUAGUCUGUAAAUUGCUGUUCAUAUGAAAAGAUCUCUAGAGAAGUUGCUACACACUUGUUUUGGUUAUGUUCAUGAAGCAUAACUGUGACAUAUAUAUAUGUAAAUAUGCUCGACCUGUGAUUUGCUCUGAAAGGGGGAUGGUAGUGGGAAGAAUGUAAAAUAAAAUAGAUUUAUAUAGAAAGAAUAUGAUAGACAUUUGUUACUGAUAUCAAACAUAAAGUGCUUUAAAUCCAAUAAAACAUCUGACAGAGUUUUGGGACAUGAAUCAGUGGAUUUGGUGACCGUGCUGCAGGAGCUAAAAUGUUCUCGUCCAGUGUUACUGCCUGACUGCUGACAGAAGCUUACUGAGAUGGUUUUGUAC